AUUCAAAAUAAUCAUAAUCAAAAACAAAAGAAACAUACAUAAAACAAAAUGGCAAGAUCUAUAUGUUUGUGUAUCUUCUUAUUAUUCAUUACUUGGAUUCCAAUUCUAUCCACAAGCUUUCCGCUCUCCACAAAAACUCGAUGGAUCGUGGACGAGAAAGGCCAAAGGGUAAAGCUAGCCUGUGUGAAUUGGCCGGCUCAUCUCCAGCCCGCUGUGGCUGAAGGGCUAAGCAAACAACCAUUAGACUCCAUCUCCAAGAAGAUUGUUUCAAUGGGAUUUAACUGUGUUAGACUCACUUGGCCUCUUGAUUUGAUGACUAAUGACACAUUGGCUCGUAAAAUCACGGUCAAGCAGUCUUUUGAAAGCUUGAACUUGUUUGAUGAUGCUCUUGGGAUUCAAAUUCACAAUCCCAAAAUCCUUAAUCUUCCCAUAUUCAAUGCAUUCCAGGAAGUGGUAUCGAACCUUGGACAAAACGGAUUGAUGGUGAUACUAGACAACCACUUGACAUAUCCAGGCUGGUGUUGCAGCGACAACGACCUCGACGCUUUCUUCGGCUAUCCUAACUUUGAUCCCGUCAUUUGGGCCAAGGGCUUGGGCAAAAUGGCUACUCUUUUCCGCAAUGUCACUAAUGUCAUUGGCAUGAGCCUUAGGAACGAGCCACGUGGUACUAGAGAUUACCCUGACCUAUGGUUUAGGUUCAUGCCAAAAGGAGCAGAAGCAGUGCACGCCGCAAACCCUGAAGUACUAGUUAUCCUCUCCGGCAUAGACUUCGACACAAACCUCUCUUUCCUCCGUGACCGCUUCUUCAACGUCAGCUUCACCGAUAAACUCGUCUUCGAGCAGCAUUGGUACAGCUUCUCCCACGAGGGAGGCGCGUGGGUAAAACACAACUCCAACGAUAUUUGCGCCAAAAUCAUCGGGGAGGUCAAUCAUAAUGGAGGAUUCUUGCUCGACAGAGGCUUUCCUUUGAUUUUGAGUGAGUUUGGGACCGACGAGAGAGGCGUUGACGUCAGCGGAAACCGGUAUAUGAAUUGUUUGGUGGCUUGGGCCGCUGAGAAGGAUUUGGAUUGGGCGGUUUGGGCAUUAACCGGAGAUUAUUAUUUGAGAACCGGUACAAAACAUAUGGUUGAGACUUAUGGUGUUUUGGAUGCUACUUGGAAAAACGUCAGAAACUCUACUUACUUGCAGAAACUCUCCGGAAUUCAACAUCCAUUUAGAGGACCCGGUUUACAAGAGAAAAAAAUUAUUUUGCACCCACAUACUGGCCUAUGUGUCACCAAUAACCACUCAGGCAAUGUACCCACACUUCGACUUGAACUAUGCACUAAAUCCGAGCCAUCGACCUUUAAUCCCAAGGAAGGCAUUCUCUGGAUCAAUAAAAUGUGCGUUGAAACUCCAGAUGUUGCUGGACAAAAGGUGAAGCUUGGAGUUGGCACUAAGUGCUCUAAGUUGGGACAAAUCUCAGCUACUAAGAUGCAUUUGUCGUUUAAGACAAGUAAUGGCUUGUUACUAUGUCUUGAUGUGGAUGAACGUGACAACAGCAUUGUCGCUAACCCUUGCAAGUGUUUGACUAAGGAUGCUUCGUGUGAUCCAGCGAGCCAGUGGUUCAAAGUUCUUUAAAUUCUAUAUAUUUUAUUCUGAUAAAAUGUAUUUGUAAUAAUUUUACGGUCAAACAUGUUAAUCAUUAAAAUUUAAUAAAAAAAUUCGUGAUUGGACAGAAAUCAUAAGGAAACCAAAGAAAUCAAGUUAGCGUAUAUUAUUACUAUUUAUGAUGAUGGAAAAAAAUGUCAUCUCCAUCUGUACUACUGCUAUAAAACCAACUAGGUUUUGACCCGCACGCCCGUGCGGGUGUAUUUUUUUAAAGAAAAUAUGAUGCUAUUUGAUUUUUAUGUCACUAUUUAGGAUUGGGCAAAAAAGCUCGAAUUCGAAAAAUUGAACCGAUCCCAAUCCGAAUAAGUAGUACUAAAUCCGAACUGAAAUUGAUUAAAUAUCCGAAUUAUUCAAAAUUUUGGUAUUUGAAGAACUGAAAUCUAAUCCGAUCCGAACCGAAGUAUUUUGGAUAUUCAAAAUAUAUUUAUAUACUUAUAUAUAUUAAUUAUUUUUAGAUUUUAUAUAUAUAAAAACAU